UUUACCAAGUGGGUGGCUAUCGCUGUCCUCAAACUCUCUUGUUACUGUCACUUGCGUUUUAUAAACUAUUUAAUAACAACGCGAUUAAUAAUUUAAACCUGUCAUUUAGUUCUGAACAUUUUAAUUCUCGUAUCUAUUUAAAUAGUAAGUUUGCAAUAUCAUACUGUAAUAGGUUACUUUUAAGUAUUCAAAUAUAUAUAUGUAUAUAAAGUAAAAUAAAAAUGUCUAAAAGACCAAGUAGUCCAACAAAAGAAGGUCCACUACCGGCAAAAUUACAAGAUGAUUUUCUGUUAUACUUUAAUAAUUUUAUUGAGAUGCGUAACGAAAAUUAUAUCUGUCAUUUAUGUAAAGUUAUCAUGCCAUCAUUAUUUACAGUAAUGUCACAUAUAAGUAGCAGCGAUCAUGAAAAUUCAAUGACAAAUAGAAGAUUGAGUCAUGCAACAAAUAGAGAACGUCCACCAAAAUUAAAUAUCUGCGAGUUAUUUGUAAAAAAUGGAAUUUUUCGAUUUUAUCCCAGAGUAUUAAAAUGUCAUACAUGUGAUAGCUUACUUAUUUCAUUCAAAUUCGCUAAAAAACAUUCUCGUGAUCCAGAACAUGAAAGUAAACAGAAACUUGCUUUUGAAUUUAAAGAACCAGUGAAACAAGAGAAUGAAAAUAAAAUAAAAACUGAACAAAAGUACCCAGAUUUUAUUCGCUAUGGGUACAAAGAUGAUGAUGGUAAAAUAUUAACAUGUUAUAUUUGUUCUACCACAGAGUUAUGGAAGACCCACAAGGAAGACAGAGAACAUUUUUACAAAAUGCGGUUUUUUGUUGAUAACUUUAUUGAUUGUCCAGGUGACAAAGUCAUAUGCAAGCUAUGUAAACAUGAAUAUAUUUCUAAAAGUUCAAUAGAAGACCAUGCUGCUGAUGAACACAAGUUGAUACCAUGGUACCGACCACCUGAUGAAUAUAUUACGUUUUUUAGGAAUUCCAUCGUAUCAUUGGGCACUAAAUUUUAUUGCUGUCUAUGCAAUAGAGUCAUCAAUAGCCGUUGGUUUGGUGCUUUAGCACAUGCACGAAGUAGAAGACAUCGAAAAGUUGUUAAGAUUAAAGAGGAAGACAUCAGUCAAGAAGCUUUGUCAGUUGAUUUUUGUAAAAAAAUGUCUAAUAACAUGAUAUUUCCUUUCGAUCCCACAUUAUUGCGAUGCUGGGUGUGUAAUUAUAUUAUUGAUGGCUACGAUAAUCAUGACAAACACAUCGACAGUGAUAAGCACAUCAGCAAACUCACUGAAAAAGUAACUGAAUUGCUGGAUAGAAAGAAUGAAAUUUAUCAUGCGACUAGAAGAAGUACUGGUGGUCCAUCUCCUGCUAAUGAUGAGUCUGAGACAACUGAAAAGUCUUCAUGUGAAGCUAGAGACGAUGUUGAGAAAACUUAUGAUGAGAGUAAUGUAAUAUCCGAUGAUAAAGCUACAGUUAUUUGAAAAUUUAAAGAGCUUAUCACUUCUGAUGAGAAGUUGAUGGAGAUGAUAAUUUGAAUAAGGAAUAUUUUAUAUAGAUAUAAUUAUAACUGAUAGUUGAUAUGUUUAGCCCUUUAAUGUUCUGGAAGCACAAUAACUCUCAGUGUGAGCAAAAUGGGGAUAGCCAAUCAGAACAUAGUAUUUACUUGUGUAAGUGAGUUAUGAUUGUGUUAGUCUAACCAUGAGGUUCCCUUUCUCUGUUAUUUAUUUUGACGCACGUGUCGCGCCAGUGCCGUAGUUAACUUGUUGAUAAUAUACAUGACAACUUUUCUGUCCCCCUUCACUGUUUAUAUAAAUUACAGCACUGGUGUUGAUUUCAUCGCCUAAGCGCUCCCUACUCUUCCAGCUUUUAAAUCAAAUCUCUGGUGGGGUUUCAAGGCCGAACAUCAUAGGGUUAGAAAACUCAAAUUUUUUUAAAACUAAGUGCAGAAAUAUAUAACUUUAUCUCAUACAGAAUAUCUAUAAGAUAAUUUCAACAUUAAAUAUCAAUGGAUAUUUAAAAAUAAUUAAAAUAUUUUAAAUUCAUGUUUGGUUAUUUAACAAUUUAAAUAAUGACGAUUUUUAUUUUAACUAAGUGUAUAAGAAUUGACCCUGAAUUCUUUUGAUUUUAAUAUCAUUCUUAAAUCUAAAAAUGUAAGAAAUUUAAUAAAAAUACUUUUAA